AGGGAACGAAGUGGUGCGACUCCCGUCGGCUCCGAAAUAACGUCGUACACAAACGCAAGAUACGUUUAAAGACGCGCUUUGUCUACCUGAAGCGGAACAAGGCUUCUGUAAGCGAUGGUGCGGCCUGUGUGGGCGGUGCUUCGGUUGGUAUCCCGGCAGGGAGCCGCUGUGCUGAAAUCAAACGUACCUGUCCCCGGCAGAGCAGCAGCUCCUCUGAGCCUCAGACCUGCGUGCGCAGCCAUCAGCUCCUGCUGCAGAGCCUCGUCCAGUGACGCGAGACACCUGCACUCUCCAGCCAGAAUGCCUGAGAUAACCACAGAUCACCUGGACCAGAAACAGGUGCAGCUGCUGUCCGAGAUGUGCAUUCUCAUCGACGAGAACGACCGCAAGAUCGGAGCAGACACCAAGAAAAACUGCCACCUCAACUCCAACAUCGAUAAAGGGUUACUACACAGAGCUUUCAGCGUCUUCAUUUUCAACAGCGAAGAGAAGCUGCUCUUACAACAGAGGUCUGACGCCAAAAUCACUUUCCCAGGCUGCUUCACAAACACAUGCUGCAGUCACCCUUUACACACAGACAGCGAGCUGGAGGAGAGGGAUGCACUGGGGGUGAGGACGGCUGCUCAGAGGAGACUCAACGCUGAGCUGGGUAUCCCCCCAGAACAGGUGACUCCAGAUGAAAUGACCUAUCUAACACGAAUCCACUACAAGGCUCAGUCGGACGGCGUGUGGGGAGAACAUGAGAUUGACUACAUCCUCUUCAUGCAGAAGGACGUGGAGUUGAGUCCAGAUCCCAAUGAGAUCAAAACUCACUGUUAUGUGAGCAAAGAGGAGCUGAAGGAGAUGUUAGAGAAAGCCAAGCGCAAGGAGCUGGAGAUCACGCCCUGGUUCGCCCUCAUCGCGGAGACCUUCCUCUUCAAGUGGUGGGACAACCUGCAGAACCUCAAGCAGUUCAUGGAUCACAACAGCAUCCACCGCAUGUAGCCGUCAUCAUCAGGCUCUACCUCCAGUUAUGUCAAGCUUUUGAUUGUCACAGAACUUGCCUGACGCACGGCUGGCUCGGCUGCUUGAGACCUCCCGAAAGUCGGCGUUCGCACAAAACGUAAGCGGUUCACUGGCUGCUUUAGCUGAGGUAGUUGUGAUCGUGGUAGGGCUUUUGCACUGGAAGAGAAAGCAGAAAAUCUAUGGUUUACAUAGGUUUGAGGCACCGAGGUGCAUUUCUCAUCACAGCUGGUUAGUUGUUCCUUGUAGUGCUGGCUGGCCGGAUCAUCAGCCAGGUAGUCAGUCUGAAUAAGCUUCACUGUUUCAGCUUGAACAGAAGACAUCAAACAUUUCCGUUCAUCAAGUAGAAAAAAACAGCAUUAAUACUAACAGCCCCAGAAAGAGAAUAGCUUAUUUUUGUAUAAAACAUUAAAGUGCCUGAUAACAGGUCAGUAGGCAGAGGUGAGACAUGUCUCCAAGUUCAAACAAUCACCAUCACGCUGUACAUUGUGGACAGUGAUAUCAGUGAACAGGCUGUAUGUUUUUACUUUUUUGCACAAUAAAGUGAUUAUUGGCAGUG